CACACACGCAAUUAGGGUGGAAGAAAGUGAAAAUUGGUUCAGUUUUCUCGUCUACUUCUGGUUAUUUCGCUUCCCGUGCACUACCGAAAACUACCGAGUCGAACGAAGAAUCUUUCCUCUAGAAUCUAGAACGUAGAAAUCCGGCAUCUCGUACUUAACGCACGCAGUUUACGCCCAUCACAAAUUUGGACAGCUUCAAGCACCACUAAUCUGGGAGUGCAAAUAUUUUGUUGAUUUUAAGGUUGUGUACAACAACAAACGCACCUUCCCCGCCGAACCUUGAGCAAGGUGAAGUGCAACAAGUUGUCCACGGACUGCGACGCUCCUGACUGAGGAUCUGGUCUGUGUAAAAAUAGCAUUUUCGUUCCCUCUCCGGUAGCGGCCCGCGUCUACGCAGUGCUAGGCACGCCACGACUCUAUCGUCAACGGCGACUACGAUUCGCGCGUUCUAGCUGUUUGCUCGUCGUCACAACCAAAACAACCGCGCGGUAACGUAGCAAGCGACACUAGGAACCGUGUGUGCGAACGGCCGUGCGUGUGCAUCGAGAGACGUGGUCGAAUUCGCUGCUUCGGGGUGUUCGGUCGAUUCGUGCUCAAGGCAGUCGGAAAAAUUCCGCUGUGGCAAGUGGUACUUCGACGUAGUAUUAUGGUGGGACAGCGCAAGUUUCAACUGAGCGAAGUGGCCGCCCUCCAGCGGGACCACGUCAAGAUUCGCGACCCGGCCAAGGUGGAGCUGAUGCUGAACGAACUGGUUAACGGUGGCACGGAGAAGCUGCAGGUGGUGACAGACUUCGAUUACACAAUCACCAAGCAGCGUCUUAGCAACGGCGAGAAGGUGCUGACCAGCUUCGGCAUGUUCAACGAGUGCAAAUCGAUCCCGGCGGAUGUGAUUCUGGAGCAGCGCAACCUGUACCACAAGUACCGCCCAAUCGAAAUCGAUCCCCACAUGGAGCACGAGGAAAAAGUGGGGUACAUGAUCGAAUGGUGGUCGAAAACGGGUGACCUACUAAAAGGCUUUCAACUGCCCCAGGAAGAUAUUGACGAAGUGGCGGGACGAUAUAAGGAUGGUCUUCGGGACGGUACGCACGACAUGUUUAAGGAACUGCACGAGCACAACGUACCGUGUCUGGUGUUCUCCGCUGGCCUCGGUAACUGUGUACUUUCUGUACUUAAACAUGCGAAUGUGAUGUAUCCAAAUGUUAAGGUUAUAUCAAAUUUUCUACAGUUUAGUGAUAAUGGUAUGCUAAACGGACUGCAGGAUCGUAUGAUUCAUACGUUCAACAAAAAUGAAACAGUUCUCGAGGGAACUGAGUACUACGACAUCGUGCACUCGCGGGAUCACGUUAUCGUGAUGGGCGACUCGCUGGGAGAUGCCGGCAUGGCCAGUGGUGUUCCGUCGUCGUCGCACAUUCUCAAGAUAGGAUUUCUUUUCGACCACCCUGAACUAAACCUACCCCGCUACAUGGAUGCAUUCGAUAUCGUGCUGAUCGACGAUCAGACGAUGGACAUACCACGGGCGAUCGUCGAAAUGGUGAAGAAACAGUCACAUCUGUAAGAUGUAGGCGCUAAAAUGUACAAUCUACGGAAAAUUUCGUACGAUUAAAUCGUACGGCUUGGAGCCAUCACAUUGAUCGAGGGACUCACCCCUACCCACAUGGCUUAGGAACUUAAACAUUAUUCAGCGUUACUUGACUGCCGGAAAGAAGCUUUCUCAGCGUUUACUACGGACUUCCUACCUACUCAGGCUGGUAUCCGUGUAGGGAUCGUGUUAGUUUUUUUUUUUUGGUAGUGUCUCAUUUUGAUUUAAAAUUAACUCCGUUGACUAACCGUUUCAUCGAUUUCCUUAAUGAAUUCAAUACAGAUGCGCUCGAAAAAUAGAUGUACUCUUGCAAUUAAUUCGAGUACUUCUGUACGCACAGAUUAUCCUUUUGAAAUAUAAAUUAAUACCCAGGAGUGAA